CCCAGCGCGAAGAAUCGGUGCCAAUAAUCGUCUUGCCCGUACUCUCCGUGUGGCAGCUCUCGACCCUUCCCUCCCCACUGCUGUUUGCUGCUGGCGCUGCCGUUGAGAGAGGAGCUGACUCCUUUUUGACUUGUCUUUCCCCUCUGCUCAACCACACCAACUUCACCCUUCUGCCACUGAUCGGCGGUAGCAUCGAAUUUUCCACUUUGCCCAUCUUUCUACCCCCACUUCCUCGCCCACUCCCCUUUGCGCGGGCAGAUCUGGCCCCAUCCCGGGCUUUACCAGCGUCCUCUGCCCCAAAACCUCUCUGCCAACCCGGCUGUACGAACAGCCGAUCUCGUCGAAGAGGUCCCGAACGGUUCACAGGCUUCGCGAAGCCCGUCCACCGCACAGCAGAACCCGCCGCUCGCGCCAGCGUUCGCCACAAAGCGAAACCGCUAAGCAGCGUCUAGACCGACCCGGCUGAGGUCGACGCAGAAUUUGCGAUUGCCAUUGCUCCGGAGUUGCGACCGAUCGCAGGGCAUCGCUGUCCUUUCGGGCUAGUGAUCUAACCGCGACACGACCUCCGUGCCCCCGCCUCCGAACUCUUCUCUCGCACCAUCAGGCCUGCUUCGUUCGCUGCCUGCACUGAGCUAACCGCCCCUCAUUCGCCAUGGCCGAGUUUGUGCGCGCGCAGAUUUUCGGAACCACGUUCGAGAUAACCAGCAGAUAUGCCGAGCUUCAACCCGUCGGCAUGGGCGCGUUCGGCCUCGUCUGCUCGGCAAAGGAUCAGCUCACCGGUCAAGCCGUUGCCGUGAAGAAGAUCAUGAAGCCCUUCAGCACUCCCGUGCUCGCCAAGAGAACAUAUCGCGAGCUGAAGUUGCUCAAACACCUCAAACAUGAGAAUAUCAUCAGUCUUAGCGAUAUCUUCAUUUCCCCCCUCGAGGACAUCUACUUCGUCACCGAAUUGCUCGGAACUGACCUUCAUCGCCUCCUCACCUCGAGACCGCUCGAGAAGCAGUUCAUCCAAUACUUCCUGUACCAGAUUCUACGAGGCUUGAAAUAUGUUCAUUCUGCUGGCGUCAUUCACCGCGACCUCAAACCCAGCAAUAUCCUUGUGAACGAGAAUUGCGAUCUCAAGAUCUGCGACUUCGGUUUGGCGCGUAUUCAAGAUCCGCAAAUGACUGGCUACGUGUCGACGCGAUACUAUCGUGCCCCCGAAAUCAUGCUCACCUGGCAGAAGUACGACGUAGAAGUUGAUAUCUGGAGCGCGGGUUGUAUCUUUGCAGAAAUGCUUGAAGGAAAGCCACUUUUCCCCGGCAAGGAUCACGUCAAUCAAUUCUCCAUCAUCACGGACUUGCUUGGAACGCCUCCAGAUGAUGUGAUUCAGACCAUAUGCAGCGAGAAUACUCUCCGUUUUGUUCAGUCGUUGCCUAAGCGCGAAAGGCAACCGCUCUCGUCGAAAUUCAAGAAUGCAGACGAGCUGGCGGUGGAUAUGCUCGAGAAGAUGCUCGUCUUUAACCCAAAGCAGCGCAUAGAUGCGACAGGAGCUUUGGCACAUCCAUACUUGGCGCCGUACCACGACCCUACCGACGAGCCUGUGGCCGAUGAGAAAUUCGAUUGGUCGUUUAAUGAUGCGGAUUUGCCCGUUGAUACCUGGAAGAUCAUGAUGUACUCGGAGAUUCUGGAUUUCCACAACGUAGAUGCGCAAGCCCAGGAAGGCGUAGAGACAGCUGAGAAUGUGAGCUAAACUAAUGAGGAGCCAUCCCGCAACUAGGGAAGAGCUCAGGCUCCAGGGUUAAUGAUAAGACGUGCAUCAAGGUGUUCAGUGGUCACAGCUUUUUGGAUGACGAGAGGCAGGCAGCAUCCAAUCCAGCGAAGCGUAAAUGAACGGUAGAGCAAGAAGGAGCACGAUAGGUUGCAAGCUGGACGGCUUUAUGGUCUUUUUUGGAUUUGAAGGAAAAUGAGUGAAAUUUUUCGGUAGCAGUCUUCGACCAUGACUCCCGAACGUCCAUGAAUUCAAUACAUAGAGAAUGGUGUCUUUCUUAAACA